UUUCAGGAUUGCUCGUGUAAACGUCUAAUCUGGGACUUCAUGGGAGAACCAAGCGGCGAUGGUUCAAGACUGGAUAAUGAAGUUGUGUAUGAACGAGUUGUACUCAGUGAAGACGGGGAACCAAUUUAUCUGGAAGACGAUGAGUUUGGAGAGGUCUAUCGAGAAGAAGAGUACGUGCAACUUGAAGAUGGAACCUUUGUUCAAGCUGACCAGCACGCAAUAGUUCCACAGACUUCAUCUUCCUCCAUGCCACAGAGAUUGCAGCAACUAAGAGUGGGACCAGAUGUGCGACGAGGAACUUCAAGUUCCGCGUCUCGCUUCUCCGAGCAACAUGGUGGACAUCGACAGCAGAAUUUUGAUAUUGCCUACACAGGAAUUCCAAAGGCUACUACUGUUUCUGAUCACUUCAAUAUCGGCCGUCGUCAGCAGCCACUGGACUUGACUGAAAAAUCCAGCAUCAUUGGCUUCUCUCAGACUAGCUCCAACACGUCAAAAUCAUAUCCAAUCACUUCUGCUUCUACGGUCUAUCACCCAUUUGCUCAUACAUAUAAUGUUCCGAAGCAAAAGAAGAAGCCAUUGCCGGGACAAAGAAAGCCGUGUAAUUGCACAAAAUCAAUGUGUUUGAAACUAUAUUGCGAUUGUUUUGCAAAUGGAGAGUUUUGUUUGGAUUGCAACUGUAAAGACUGUCAUAACAAUCUGGAACAUGAUGCUGAUCGCUCAAAAGCCAUAAAGCAGUCACUGGAAAGGAAUCCAAAUGCUUUCAAGCCGAAAAUAGGUGUAAAAAGUGGCAAGUUGGAUGCAGAAAGACUCCAUCAAAAAGGGUGUCAUUGCAAAAAGAGCGGAUGUCUCAAAAAUUACUGCGAAUGUUUUGAGGGCAAAAGUCCCCUGCACAAGCCGUUGCAAAUGUCAGGGUUGCCAAAAUACUGAGGGGGACCGCGCAAAUAGACAUGAUAGGAUGAGUACCACCAGCUCAGCUUUGAUGAAUUUGGCACAUUCCUCAUCAUCAGUCACCACAGAAUCUCCAUCUCCACUAUCGGACAAUGACUCCGAUACAGAAUCAUCACUUCGAAACGAUCCAAGAUCGUACCCAUGGUUCUACAUGACGGACGAAGUUAUUGAAGCUGCAACCUUGUGUCUUGUUGCGCAGGCUGAAGAAUCGCUGUCAGGAUGUUCAACCGAUGCACCAGAUAAUGUUGUUGAAGAAAUGGAACAAUCCAAAAGACUUGAAAACGCAACAAACGGAGGAGCUAUGGAGAGAGCUUUCGAACUUGCAGAGGAAGCGCUGAAUGAUAAUGAAGUUCCAGUCGGAUGUGUAUUUAUGUAUCAGGGGAAGGAGAUUGGAUCUGGAAGAAAUGAAAUUAACAAAACAAAAGACCCGACUGCUCAUGCAGAGAUGGUUGCACUGCGAAGAAUGCAGGAAGAGCAUCCCAACAUCAGAGAGAUUCUUCACGAGUUGGUUCUUUACGUGACGUUGGAACCUUGUAUCAUGUGUGCUUGUGGAUUGUAUGAGUUAGGGAUUUCCAAAAUCGUCUAUGCUGCUGCUAAUGAGCGUUUCGGAGGGAUCAAAAGCGUGGGGAAUCACCGGAAGUAUAAUAUGGAAACUACAAGCGUAGAAGCGGUUAUGGAUACCACACAUGAGAAACCAGCAAUGACACUCUCCCGGCUAUUUCGGUUUGCACUGAUGCGGUUGCCGCAGACAACAUCAAAGACUGAACAUUUGCUAAAAUCACCGCGCCCAAUUGUUGUGGCUUCUAGAGCAGCUCAUAACCCUAUCUCCGGUCGAAAUCGAAAUCGUGAUGUCAUGUAUUAUGUAGUAAGCCUGGGUGUGGUUGCUAUCGGUGUGACAUUCGCAGCAAUACCGGCGUACAGGAUAUUCUGCGAAAAAACCUCUUUUGGUGGAUUAACGCAGGUCGCCAAGGACUUCGAAAAGAUCGCCAAAAUGAAGAAGGUCGAGGAUAGGUUGAUUCGCGUGCAGUUCAAUUCGGAUGUCCCGUCAAGUAUGCGUUGGGAAUUCAAACCGCAACAGCAUGAGAUGUAUGUGCAUCCUGGCGAGACUGCAUUGGCCUUUUAUACCGCUAGGAAUCCGACUGAUCGACCAAUCGUUGGCAUCUCCAGCUACAAUUUGACACCGUUCCAGGCCGCUUACUAUUUCAACAAAAUCCAAUGUUUUUGCUUUGAGGAGCAAAUACUUAAUCCUGGAGAACAGGUCGAUCUGCCCGUUUUCUUCUACAUAGAUCCUGAUUACGCUAACGAUCCUGCUUUGGAAUACUUGGAUAACAUACUACUGAGCUAUACAUUCUUUGAAGCAAAAUCGGAUCUACAGUUACCAAGCCCCUUUGAUCCCAGUAACCGGCCAAGUGUGCCUCUUGAAAAGCCGUCGCAGUCUGCGUCAAGCUAGCGAUGAUGGCAGACUUGGAGCUGGUCUCCUGGUCUCCUUAGAUAUCUUAGUUGAUUUGUGCCAUAUUUGAUCGCAGAUUUAUUUGCUACUCAACAGUUUUGUUAUUGUUAUUAACCAAGUGACAAUGAAUGGUUC